AUGACUCUGGCCACAGCAAGGGGAUUGGAUGGGCCCGACCCUGGCUAUUGGUGUGGAACAACGGAUGCAGAGGCAUCUUCUGAGCAGAAUGUUUCUGUAGAAGGAGUAUCACAGGCUAGUGCUCCCGAGGCAGAUUUGUCCACCCAGACGGUCCACCCUUGUGACAUAUGUGGCCCCAUCUUGAAAGACAUUUUUCACCUAGCUGAAAACCAGGGAACCCACCAGGAACUGAAGCCAUACACAUGUGGGGCAUGUGGGAGACAAUUCUGGUUUGAUGCAGACCUUCACCACCAUCUGAAGCAGUACAAUGUAGAGAAACCCUGCAGAAGGAAUGAAGGGAGAGCCUCAUUUAUGAAAAAGUGCCAAGUUCAUGAAGAAUUUUACCUGCCGGAGACACCCUCUAUACAGAGUGAGGAGGAGUGGAAUAACUUCCAGGUCAGCUCGAGCAGUCUCCAGCAAAAGAUCACCUACAACAAGGAGACACGCAAGAACACUGAGGGUGGGGAAGUCUUUCUCACUGGACAAAUGCAUUACAGGUGUAGUGAAUGUGGGAAAGCCUUCAGCCGCAAAGACACAUUUAUUCAGCACCAGAGAAUCCACACUGGAGAAAGGCCUUAUGAGUGUAGUGAAUGUGGGAAAGCCUUCAGCCGCAAAGACACAUUUAUUCAGCACCAGAGAAUCCACACUGGAGAAAGGCCUUAUGAGUGUAGUGAAUGUGGGAAAGCCUUCAGCCGCAAAGACAACCUUGUUCAGCACAAGAGAGUCCACACUGGAGAAAUGCCUUAUAAGUGCAGUGAAUGUGGGAGAUACUUUAGUCAUCACUCCAACCUAAUCGUACACCAGAGAGUUCACACUGGUGCAAGGCCUUUUGAAUGCAGUGAGUGUGGGAAAGUCUUCAGACACAAAUCUUCGCUUGUUCAGCAUGAGAGUACCCAUACUGGAGAAAGUCCUUAUGAUUGCAGUGAAUGUGGGAAAUCUUUUAGUCACAAGUACAUCCUCAUUAAACAUCAGAAAAUUCACACUGAAAUAAGACCUUACGAGUGCACUGAAUGUGGGAAGUUAUUCAGUCAGAGCUCUGACCUUAUGGCACACCAGAGGGUUCACACUGGUGAAAGGCCUUUUGUGUGCAGCGAAUGUGGGAAAGACUUCAUCAGAAGUUCCCACCUUGUUCGACACAGAAGAGUUCAUACUGGAGAAAGGCCAUAUGAGUGCAGUGAAUGUGGUAAAACUUACAGCUUAAGCUCCCACCUCAUUCGGCACCAGAAAGUUCACACUGUAGGAAGGCUUUAG